AUGGACGAUCCGGCUGAAGCACUGAAGGGAUUGCGCGACUCGCUGCGCUCAGGUAUCGGUGAUGCGGACGAGUACACUUUCCAGCUGUCUUCCGUUCUCGACGCCAUCGGCCUGGGACCCAUGAGUGCACCCUCCUCUGACAACGACAGGACGAUCCAGCGCUUCCUCCCUACUGUGCAACAGAGGCUACUGAGCACGAUUCCAACAUUUUUGCCUGCUCUUGAUCAGCGAGGCCGAAAGCUUCUUGACAGCUUCUUUUGCCCGACCCCAUCUGCUUCGACAGCACCAUUAGCGCGACAGGUCGCUCUGGCGGCUUAUCUAACAUUGACGGCAGCGCUGGCGCCGGCGCCCCCAACACCGCUGCCGAUGGAGGCUAGAGAGUUUGUGCUCGACACACUAGCUAGUUUGGCGCAGGCGUACAGCAUCGAUGCGCUAUACUGGGCCACACACGGGAGGGACCCUACCCCGCUGCUUUGGGAAGAUGGUGUGCGGGUAUCAACGUCGUUGCCGUCGAAGGUGGCGAACGCUGUCGGACGGUGGAAAGAAGGUGGCUGGGCAGGCGACGUUCCAGCUGUCCUCGUUCCCCGUGCAUACUUCGACAAUUACGUUCGCCGCCUUGAAGGGUUGCUGUGGGAGGUAUCGCAGAACAGCCUCGACCUCGCCUCUCUUCGCGAAGUCCUUGAGAAACUCGGUCGUCUUGGGCUCUUCUCAAUAGCGCCGGCAACAGAGAUCGACACCCCGACGCCGUCUUUCUUCCCCGCCUUCCUACCCUCGGCACUUGAACAUCUUCACCCGCCUCCAGGUUCGCCGCUACCGCCAUAUCCGGACAGCUUCUUCCCCGACCUUCUACUGCCGCUGUCGGAUGCGAAUUUAAAGGCGUUUGUUGCUGGGCUGCUCGUGCACCUUGCCUCGAGGAUCUCACCACCGUUCACAACCCCCAUGGCGGCGGAUAGGCCGAGUGAGAGCGUCAAGCGCGCUGCCCUUGUGAUGAACCAAAUCAUUGGCAAGCCAGAUACUGGAUCGGAUGCCUGGAGAGCAGUCGUCGGUGCGUUGCUCUCCAAAUCCGUCAGCGCAGAGGGUACGAUGGACGUUAUGCGGCGUAUUGCUGCCGCAUGGGCUGGAAGUGGGUCCAUUGCCGCGAAGCAUGCGUUCCUUGAUGCCAUCCUUGAAGCUUGGUGCGACCCAAAGCACAUCAAAUACGCUUCAUACGCUUCGCAGUACACGUAUCUUUUCCAUCCCGAACCGAAGAUUCGACGGCUUGGUAUGCUAAUUGCGGAAAUCAUGAGCGAACGCACUAUCGAGGAGGGGUGCGAUGAUGCGCCAGGCCCGUCAGAGGAAGACCAGAUGAAGGAGCUGCAGGACAAGUUGAUGGGAGAGCAAGAUCCAAGUAAGGCUGCACCUAAAGCGCCUGGUGGCCCGAAGCGACUCAAGUUCGGGUUCAAGGGCGCGUGGGAUGGAGAUGGUGAGGGCAAGGAGGAGGCUAGAGUGCUGAGGAGCGGCGUCGGAAUAAGGGACGAUGAUGCCAGCCUCAGUGACGCAGGAGACUGGCAGCUCGGCUGGCGCGAUGGGCAGCAGGCUGCUGACAAGCGGCAGGGGACUGAGCAAGCUGUGCCGAAGCUGAAAGCAAAGGCGGAGCGCCAGGGUCGAAGUACGGACAAGAAGCCGCGCCCGAAGGUUGUCAUGCUGGACCCAGACCAGGAGGCAGACCCGCUGCAGGGGUACGAUAGUGACGGUACCGGCUCGUCGCGAUCCCGCUCCCCUUCGCCUUCGUAUCUCGCCGAGGUCACUGCCGACCCAACACUCGCACUUGACGCCGCCAAGAAGAAGAAGCUCAAGCGACCGGUGUAUGUCCGUCAGCUCGCCGAGCUCCUGCGAGACAAGGACAGCCCAGAAUCCAUAGAGCUCGCUCUGACCUACGGCGAGCCUCUCAUCAGAGCGAAGCGGAACUUUGGUGGCGAGGUGGUCGAGAACGCGGUGUCCGUGGCGGGGGCGGCAAUCGCACUGGCAAAUCCAUUUCACCUAGACGACUUCGAGAACAAACGGCAAAGGCUGAUCACGGCACUAGUAGCUUGUUCACCGACAAAUGUCCCGCCUUUCCUCGCCCAGCAGUAUUUCUCCCAGUCAUACUCCCUGCUGCAGAAGGGCGUCAUGCUCACUGCGUUGGCAAUGGGCGCCCGAGAACUGGCCGGCCUCAGUGCGCCCGAAACACGCACGAAGAAGGUCGACUUUCCGUCCAAGAUGCUCCCUUCACACCUGCACGAGAAAUACAUCACCUCGACGGACGUGCAAAAUUCGGGACAGGGGCAGCUCGAGGGUGCAAUCAGCGGUAUGCGCAAUCUGCUUCUGUCGAAAGGGGCGGCGGCAGGGGAGGCGCACCCCGACAUUGCUCGGCAGAAGCGCUUGACCGUGGGCCAAACGAAGCGGCGAAAAGUUGCAGAGGAAGGGUCCUUGGCUUCUCGCCAGAUGUCCCAAUCUACGCCCUCGCAGCAAACCGCCGUCAUCCCAUACGCCCAGGUGGCGGGAGAGUACUUCAUCCUACCCCUCGUGAACCGCUUUUGGGAGUACUUUCAAAACGCGAGUGUGCGUUCUCGUACUCUGGGUGACCGUUACCGUGGCGCGGGCACUGGAAUGGUGCUCAGUCCAUCGGCACUGGAGAAGUUCCUCCUCACACUUGCGCUUCUCACGCAUGCGGCGAGGCAUGCACCGAGUUUCCUCUCCGUGCUCGCCCCGGCAGUGCUUGAGCUCUCUGUGACGGUUGGAGCGCGACACCGGCCGGCCGCUCAAACUCUGAUCGCUGCCGAUUCUUCGGCACACCCCGCGUCCGCCGGCCAAGCGGCGUCAUCGCAGGACGGGGACGGCGGGGAUGCACAAGUCGUCGGCUCUGCGCUGGAGUUAGCUCUUGCGGCUCUAGACGCGAGCGUAGAGCUAGACGCAGGUCGCACGCUCGCGCUGGACCACGCAGAGCUGGUCUUGGCCGUCGGUGAAUGGGCGCAUGGGGCAUUCGAGCGCGAGCAGGCUGGGCUGAAGAACGCUGGCGCCGGCGGAAGCCGCGAGGGCCGAGUUAGGGCGGACGCGGCUGGUGUCGUUGUAAAGAUCGCUGAGAUCGGAGAGAAGUGGGGCGCGAUGCGGUGA